AUGAUCACUGUAAAUUACACCACGGAGGAUCUAAAGAGUGCUCCGUUCGUGGGCAAGACGUCAGGUUACUCUGUCACCUUUUUGCUUUGGACUAUCUCUUUUUUCUAUCAACUGUGCGACGCUUGCGCGUUGUUCUUGGCCCAAACUACGUAG